CUUGAGCUUAAGCCGACCCCGCAAAGAAAGGACGAAAACGCCGCAGUCCGCGCAUAACAAAUACGAUACCGCCUUUUCGAGUAUUCUAGCUUCCUUAUUUCUAGAAAAUAGGAUCGCAGCCAUAUUUCGGAUCUCCAUAUUCUGCAUGUCGUUACGGAACCCCGACGAGCGCGCGCCGGUGCCAGCGCCAGACCAGGCGCCUACAGCCGACUUCCCUCGAGACCCUGAAGAGUUCGACAGCGAUCCGCGCAUCUCCUUCUCGAAACUAGAUAAUAAGUUUAUUCUGGAAACGGAGGAUGGUCAGGAAUUCGAGUAUGAUACGGCGUUGAAGCGUUGGGUGCAGACGGUUGACGAUGAACUUCUCGAACAACAACGACAAGCAUACAAGGUCGAAGGGGUUGAUGAAGAAGAAACAGUGUCGGCGCAGCAGCUGAGAAAGAAACGGAAACAGCAAGCUACAGGAGAUGAGGAAAAUAAUCAAAAACAAAAGAAGCCCCGUGUCAAUACAGCAGUCUACGUAACUUCUCUCCCUCUCGAUGCUACACUGGACGAGAUCAAGGAUGUCUUCUGCAAGUGUGGUGUCAUCGCCGAAGAGAUCGACAGCGGUCGACCCCGGAUUAAGAUGUACACGGAUGAGAAUGGGAAAUUCAAGGGAGAUGCGCUGGUCGUCUACUUCAGACCCGAAUCUGUUAAUCUUGCGGUUCAGAUGCUGGAUGAGACGGACUUCCGGUUAGGCAUGACGGGACCGCAGGGUCCGAUGAAGGUGCAGCCAGCAGAUUUUUCAUUCAAGAGUCAGCAGGAGGCUCCUACUAAGACGAGCAUGCGAGACAAGAAAAAGAUCCUGAGAAAGACCCAGAAACUUAACAGUAAACUAGCAGACUGGGAUGAUGACGAUGUAGCUGCCCUCCCAGACACUACUUCUAGAUGGGACAGGAUCGUCGUGCUUAAGCAUAUGUUCACUCUGAAGGAGAUCGAGGAGGAUCCCGCGGCUAUUCUGGACAUCAAAGAAGAUAUUCGUGAUGAAUGUUCCAAGUUGGGGGAAGUAACCAACGUCGUGUUAUACGACAAAGAACCUGACGGUAUCGUUACUGUGCGGUAUUCGGACCCUGAGCCCGCCAGGCAAUGUGUCAGGAUGAUGGAUGGACGGUUCUUCUCCGGAACUCGUGUAGAAGCAUAUAUCGCAGAUGGAAGCGAGAGAUUCAAGAAGACCAAUGAGAAGCGGGCAGCGCUCGAGGAUAUGGCAGAGAAUGGUCUGGAUGCUGACCAGGAUGAGUAUAGACGGCUGGACGAGUUCGGCUCGUGGCUCGAGAGCCAAAGGGAAAGCGAGCGGAUUGUGGAAAGCACCGCCAAGUGACAGUACUGGGGCAUCGACGACUUGUCACGGGAGAUAUUUUUGUAUUUUUAGGACAAAGCUGACGGGCAUUUUAUAUCGAGGAUCUCGGGUGACCAUCCUCUCGGGGUAAUUAUGUUUGGGGUGGGUUAGUUAGAGCGGCUAAGUACCUACUGAACACAGCGCCCACGAAGACCACUGGUUGAUGACAAAUCAUAACAAAUAAAUACUUGACCAAUUGUCGAGUAUGUGCCAUCAAUGGGAUGUCCUCAAAAUGAGUAAUUCUGUGGCCAUGAAUAUAGUUAUUUCUCUGUCUCCAAUGUAAGAGUUCCUCUAUCCAGGUCGUUCCUGCAUGGACAACGCGGGCUGGUCCCGUGACGUGGCACGAACCGGCGCGAUACCGGAUUGAGCGCGCCCCCUGCCCGGCCUCUUGUUGUCCUGUUGACUCCUGAACUAACCUUCUUA